CCGAGCGUGACGGGCCGCUAACUUUGGCCGCCUUUGGUGGCGUUGCGUUUCUGCCACUUUUCGUCAAACCGAAGAUGGAGAUCCAUUCUGGCCUGCACGACCAGCCACAUGCUCGCAGUCUUGCGCUCGAGAAACCCGAGACACUCAUUGCCUACACCUCCCGCCAGAACAACAAUCAUGUCUACUCCCACAAGCGCUGAAUUGGCGUCGGCUACGCCAUCGUCGCCAGCGUCAAUGAAUCCAACGCCCGCAGGACCAGAGCAAGCUGGCGAAACGCCGACCAUCAAAUUCACCCAUGUCGAAGAUGUCUUUCGGGUGAUCGAUUCUAUUUCGACGGACUACCUCACCAUUACAAAUGUUUCCUCGAGUGAUCUCGAUCAACUUGACCACGAAAGAGAGAAACAAGGACGCAAGUUCCGAGUCCGUCGAUAUCAUAGCGAUUCCGGGAUCCUUAUCAUCUCGAUCCCAUCGGCAGUUCACGAAGCUCUUCACCGCGAGCUCGAGGUUUGCUUUCAUCGCCAACUUUUUCGGCAGGGUCUAGACCGAAGCUGGCGGUCAAUGGGCUCUCGGAGACUCCACGCAAGCGGCCAGCCAAACCGGGAUGGCGGAGAAGGUGAUUCUGCUGGUGGGCCGUCUGCAGCACGUCGUGGCCCCGGGAGUUGGCCAACUUUGGUCAUAGAAGCAGGGGCUUCCGAGACUCUACCUCAGCUCCGGGCUGAUAUGAGAUGGUGGUUCUCAGCAUCGGCGCACGAGGUGAAGAUUGUGCUUCUUGCUAAAUUUGAUCAACAACAGCAAGUCAUCAUCAUUGAGAGAUGGGAAGAGGAACAGGGCGGCAACGCGCUACUUGAGCCUGUGCGGCGGCAGGAGAUCACCAUUCGACGGGACGGGACGGCUCGUCCAGCAUCGUACCAAGUCACUAGAGGGGCCUUGGUACUCAGCUUCCAGCUUCUGUUCCUUCGAACCCCCGAUCCCCAGCAGGGCGAGGGAGAUUUCGUCAUCGACGUUCCCGACCUGCAAUGGUAUGCAACGCAAGUCUGGGACAGCGCUCCAUAACCACCUGAGGAUGAGACUUGCGAUACCACAUCUGGAAAACAGCAAUGACACCGUUGCAUCCUGUAUUAGAUUAUACUCGCUUGACCAAGUCUCUCAAACAUGGGCAUCUGACAGCCCGGCUCCAGUAUCCUCCAGCAACAAGCUAAUGAUGCCAAGUGUUGAUGUAGUUGUUGUGCUUCGCCGAACGCCGUGCUCCUUGUCCCAGUUUCCGUUUCGGUACCAUG